AUGGGAGUGGCAAUCUAUGUUCUCAAAAUCUGGGUUCUUACACUCUGUCUUGCCAAAUGGGCCUCAACAAUAAAUGAAGGCUAUGAAAUAGUGGAACGGCUGGAGGAAAUGCCAUCGGGAUGGCUGAGAGGCAGCAAGCCUUUACCGUCGACCCUCCUAACCUUCCGUCUUGCCAUAAAUCAGCCAAAUCAUACCGACUUCGAGCAAAAUGUGAUCGAUAUCUCAACGCCAGGUCACAGGAACUAUGGACAGUAUAUGAAACGAGCAGAGAUUGAAAAGAUCAUGCGACCGGACAAGAUCGUAUUGAAUCGGAUCCUAGCAUGGCUAGAUUCAGAGCGCGUCUCUCCCAGCAAGACCAAGGUAAAUGGUAAUUGGAUCACCUUCAGGGCGCCUGUCUCUCAAGCAGAGCGUAUGAUGAAGACGGAGUAUUUCAAUUACCAUCACGAAGCCACGGAUAGUACAGUUCUUCGAACUCUUGGCUACUCUGUGCCGAGCAAUGUACACCCUCACAUUCAAUUGAUUCAACCAACAACGCGAUUCGGCCACCUCGUCCCACUGAGCACCCUACCGAUCAAUCAACCAAUAAUCGCCACGCUAGAGGAUCUAAAGGCGGAGUGCGGGACAGUGAUUAGACCAGACUGUCUCAGAGAGCUGUAUGGUCUCCAUGGCUUCACAGCAACACCUUCUCCAUGGAAUCGACUGGGUAUUUCAGGAUUUCUGGACCAAUAUGCCCGCCACAAUGACUUUGAUCACUUCAGAAACCGGUUUCUGACAGGUGAGAUAGGAGAGGAAUUCACAGUGGUCACCAUUAAUGGCGGAAUCAAUGAUGAAAACUCCCCUCAAAUGACCACCGAGGCAAGCUUGGAUAUUCAGUACGCUAGUGCUAUGGCACGCGGUACCUUGGUGACCUUUUACAGCACGGGUGGUCGGGCUCCUCUUGUACCUGAUGCAGAUCAGCCAGAUGCAAGUAACUCUGGAAACGAGCCAUUUCUGGAACAGCUGCACUAUCUCAUCGAUCUACCAGGUGACCAGCUUCCAGCGGUUCUUUCGACUUCAUACGGAGAAUCUGAGCAGAGUGUGCCUCCAUCAUACGCACGUGCAGUAUGUAGUCUAUUUGCUCAACUUGGCGCCCGAGGCGUGUCGGUUAUCUUCAGCAGUGGGGAUUCCGGAGUAGGAAGUUCAUGUCAGAGCAAUGAUGGAUCCAAGAGAACCAAAUUCAUUCCAGGUUUUCCAGCAUCUUGUCCAUUUGUCACGUCUGUCGGUGGAACGUAUGGGAUCAAGCCAGAAGAAGCCGCUGAUUUCUCUGGGGGUGGAUUCUCCGAUUUGUUCCCUCGACCCGCUUACCAGGAUCAGGCAGUACAAGGCUUCUUGGACCGAAUGGACCGUGAUCACUGGAAGGAUCUGUAUAAUUCAAAGGGCCGAGGAAUCCCAGAUAUCGCCGCCCAGGCCAAGAACUUUCUCAUUCGCGAUCAUGAAACAUGGCUCAAAAUAAGCGGAACCAGGUAG